CAGUCGUAUCCCCCCCCCCUAAUUUUCUGUGUUGUAAUAAACAUUUUUGUACGUAUAUUCUUUUACAUGACACAUUCGAUACCGCGCAAGCUCGCCGCCGUGAGUGGACAUGACCGCCGAGCGACGCAUGGGAUCAGAAAGUCGAUGCUUUUCUCCGCUAAGCUAGCAAUGUUGCGUUCCUAAGCCAGCUCGGUAGCCAAGGAGCUACCGCUAGCUGCUAGCCGUCGCUGCGAACUGAGCCAGUUAGCCGGCUAGCUGCUCGCUAGCUAGCGCGAUAGCCCAGCCCGCUAACAAGUGACAACUGACAAAGGUAGGGAUCAGAUGAUGUGAUCCAAGGCACGCCAGAGUGUCACAGUCCCAUUUGAGGUGGAACCAACGACAACUGACCCGUUCUUCUACCCUCACUACAUAUAAACUCUCCCAGAGUACCACACACCAAACCCGUCUGCAGCAGCUUCCUUACCUGAACCAUGUGAGGUCCCCUCGCUCCACUCUGAGGGGAUCCCAGGACUGUUCUGAACACCCCCUCCCCCUCCCCACUCCCCCCGCUGUGCGGGGCAAGAGUGACCCCGUGUGUGAGAACACAAUCUCCCCCAUACCCAACCCCCACAUUCCUGUUCUCCUUUCACGAGGAGACACGCCAUGAUGUUCCGAGACCAGGUGGGUAUCCUGACGGAUUGGUUCAAAGGCUGGAAUGAGUGUGAACAGACGGUGGCAUUGUUAUCCCUCCUGAAGAGGGUGUCCCGGACCCAGGCUCGCUUCUUGCAGAUCUGCCUUGAGCAUUGGCUGGCAGAUUGCACAGAGAUCCACAUCCUAGAAGCUGAGGCUAACAAUGCAGCUAUCGUCAGUCAGUGGCAUCAGGAGCCCAAGGAGAAGGUGGUGUCCCUGCUGCUCUCCCACUUGCCUCUGCUCCAGCCACGCAACAGUGAAGCCAAGUGUGAGUACAUGAAGCUGCUGCAGAAGGUGUUGAGUCACACCAUUGAGAGCAGCUUGUUUGUGGAGGAGAGCAGACAGCUGCUGUCCUAUGCUCUCAUCCACCCUGCCACCACCCUGGAAGACCGCACCUCUCUGGCCAUGUGGCUAAACCACCUGGAGGAACACCUCUCUGGUGGUUAUGCGCCCUCGUCCCGGGCCUCAUCUAGCCCAUACCAUCCAAGACAGGGAUCAGACGAAUGGCCCAGCUCUGCUGAGGCGUUGGACCCUGGGCACGCCUGGCACGACAAGUCCCCCUCCUCCAGCACAUCUCCUGCAGGCCAGAAUGGACACAUGCCUUUCCCAGGAGGCAUGUCUUCCCCCAUCAACAGCAAUAACACAGGUCUUGGUGGGCAAAUGCAGCCGAGCCCGCUGAAGAAGUCCAUGUCUCUAAUCCCCUCUUGCCCCCAGGCUUGCAGCUCUGAGUGGGUUAGCCAGGACGAACUGGGGGGGCGACAGGCUUUUGUGCCAACAGAACAUGCGCCACUGUCCCCUCAGAGCAGUGUGGCCUCCUCUGGCAGUGAGCAGACAGAGGAACAAGGCUCUGUACGCAACACCUUUCAGGAGGAUGGCAGUGGCAUGAAAGAUGUCCCCACGUGGUUGAAGAGCCUGCGUCUUCAUAAAUACGCAUCCCUUUUCUCCCAGAUGAGUUACGAGGAGAUGAUGAUUCUCACAGAGCAGCACCUGGAGUCACAGAAUGUCACCAAGGGGGCGCGGCAUAAGAUUGCCUUGAGUAUCCAGAAACUCCGAGAGAGGCAGAGUGUGCUCAAAUCUUUAGAAAAGGACAUUUUGGAAGGGGGAAACCUGCGCAACGCACUCCAGGAGCUGCAGCAGAUUAUCAUUACACCCAUCAAGGCCUACAGCCCACCCAGUGCACCUCAGACAUCCCCGGACUCUACUGCUUCACCUUCUGAGGCCUCCAAGGCAGGGGCAGACAAAGAGCUAGUCUCGGAGGCCUUCCAGUCCCACCACCCCGCACCAUGUGAUGGGGAGUCCUCAGCUGCACCCAUCUCAGACGGCGACAUUGCUGGACAGUUCACACGUGUCAUGGGGAAAGUAUGCACUCAGCUGCUGGUGUCAAGGCCAGAUGAGGAAAAUAUCAGCUGUUACCUUCAACUCAUUGAGAAGUGUCUGACACAUGAGGCUUUCACAGAGACUCAGAGAAAAAGGCUGGUGUCCUGGAAGCAGCAGGUCCUCAAACUGCUCCGCCUGUUCCCUCGGAAAGCAAUGCCAGACAUGCCUGUGUACCGACAGAAAGGCUGGGCGUAUGGAUCCAAUUCCCUCCCCACAGCAGGCUCUGUGAGCGGAGGUCUCGGUAGGCGGGGCCAGAGGCAGUUCCAGAUGGCUCCCCGUGGGCUCCCAGCUGGGCGUAUGGGUCUCCUGAGUCCAGGUGGAAUCGGGGGAGCCUCUCCGCGCCACACCCUCACUAGCCCUGCACUGGCGGGCCAGGGUAGACAGAACCUGUGGUUUGCCAACCCUGGGGGCAGUAACAGCAUGCCAAGUUCGAGUCGCAGUUCAGUGCAACGGACCCACUCGCUUCCUGUCCACACGUCCCCGCAAACUAUGCUCCUGUUCCAGCAGCAAGAAUGCCAAGUUCCUGGUGCCGACUUGGAGAUCAAUCCCACGCUGGAGUCACUGUGCCUCAGUAUGACAGAGCAUGCCUUAGGGGAUGGAAUAGACCGAACUUCAACAAUAUGAAAAGCAGUGAGAAGAAGCAAGAGACAAAUAAACUUCACUUUCUUCAGUUGAGGCUUGUUCAGUUCCUCAUCCCCCAGCACAAAGAUAUAUGCUUACAAAAACAAGGCAAAACGGUCACUACAAAACAAUGGAAAAAAAAAACUGUGUAUAUGUUCUGAUAUUUUUGUACCUGAUUAUAUUCAACUAAGUUUAUUAUAAAUGGAAUACAGAUAAUUAUUAUAUUGCAAGAAAGAAAAGGUUGUGCAAACUGCUCCAUGUCGUCUGCAGGACUGUGACAUGAUGUGCAGAGGCUCGGUUUGCUGUGGUCUGCGAGGAAAACGGUGAAUUGGUGCUGUUUAAAAGGGUUCUACCCUAUGAGUUUUUCUUUUCUUUUCCUCCCAGCAAAAAAUAAUUGCAAAAUGUGGCAGAGCAGCCUUUGAGCAAGGCUUCUUUCCAAAAAACACUGACAGCCACAGCCUCUGUCCCAUAUUAUUUUUAUAGGGUCAAACGUUUCCCAGCCAGGAGAAAGGCACUCUUAUCCUUGACACACAUGCACAAAUUGUUGAUCAGUGACAUCAGGCACCAAGGUGUAUUUGUCGAACCGAUACUCAGUUCAACCUGUAGCCAGGACUUGAUCCAUAAACACAACCAACACUUCCCAGUUGCAACCCAAUGCUCUGUAGCCAGCGCUAGUGAGGGCUAGCAUGAGCUGAUGAUCAAACAAAGUAGGUCCUUUCUUCUUGCCCCACUCUCAAAUGAUAAUAAUAAUAAUAAACUUUAUUUGUAUAGCACUUUUCUAAACAGGGUUACAAAGUGCUUCACAGAUAGUAGUAAAGGAGAAUGUCUGAGUAAAACAAAACAAACAACAACAAAAAAAAAAGACAGAAUUCCUCCACUUCAUUUUAUGACAGAGGCUAACAAGAAGGACCAAAGUUAUGGAGGAGAGCCUUGCAGUUCAGCCAUAGGUUAACUCUUAAACAUACAUACAAGGUAGAGGUGACGGUCCUACUUUCAACUCUACAAAGCCAAAGAGAAGGGCUGUGUGAUUACUAAUUAAAGACAGAUAGUUGUAGAGAAAUACAACAGAAUGGAAUAGUUGUUUAAAAAAAAAAACAAAACAAAAAAAAAAAAAAAAUAAUUGCAGUUUGAAGAAUCUAUGCGAGCUGCAUCUUGUCUGUGUUGAUAUUGUGUGCCCUAGUACACAAAUGAUGAUGAAUCUCGUAUUGUGCCGAGGAAGCCCCACAGGGUUGAAUAAGGGCUGCUGAGGUUUGUACUGUGUAAGAGCUGAUGUGAUAUUGAUUUGAUAAAUUCAAGGAGGGUGGAUAGUCUGUUUUCAAUUUACAAUUUAAUGCCGGUUGAGGAAGUUUAAUGAAUUCCAUCUCAACCCUCUGGCCCCCUUCUAUGAUUGGCUCUGGAAAAUGAGGCGCCAUCCUGCAAUGAAUGCACCAGUACACACCUCCUCAACCUGACACUGCCCUCUCCUCAAAAUGGCCAGUGUGGAGAUUUAAUGAAUCAUACUUUUUCACGGUGCUUGGAAAUGUCCUAAUUUUCUGUUUUGGAUCUCAAUAUGUUUCAGUCUCAAAACCCCAACAUUACCAUGUGGUAACACUGUUGAGUCAAAAAUUGUCUUAUACAGCCUCUGUCUUUGAAUGUGGCAGAGCGGAGGUGCAUGUAUGUGUAAUACAGUCUUAACUUUUGGAUUACCUUUUGUUGCAUCAUGAGGCAGGGAUAACCAUUUGCAUUUUAUUUCUGCAGAGCCAUAGGAGGUCUGUGUAGUAAACAUUAUUUACAGAAAUGUCUUUUCCAUUUGUAUUUUUUACUCUCCCUUGAUAUUGAUAACUUAUGCUUUUUUCUUUACUUGCAUGUUUUGCCACACUAAUUCAGCACUGUUGUAGAUAGAGGACAGAAUAGUGGUGGUUGAUGGUGCUCAAUGUCACCACAAGCUAGAGAGCAGAGAUGUUGCAACUAAUGUUCUAUGUCAAUACCGCCUAAAUGUCACUGUUUACAUCUCUCUGGGAUUAUGCCAGUUCCAUGUUUAUGUGGUGUCAUGAAUAUCCCAUUGUUUCACUAUGUAACACAUUUAGUACGGAAGCCUCCUUACAAACAAGCUGGCAGGGUAGACCUUUAUAAAAAGGCUUUCUACCCCCUUAUCCAUCAACUCUAUGUAAUUACGAGUCGAUAAUAUUAUGAUAUUUCAGGUGAUACUUGUAUGAGGCAUGUACUGCCUGCCUUACUGGUUGUGGAGUGACAUGAAAAGAAUAGUUUUCCUGGCCUUGUGAUUGAAACCGUUAUUUGUCAUGUGCUGAUGAACUGUUUAAGUGGUGCCUGAAAUGCACAGUCCCAUCUUUUUCUAGCUGUUGAUUUGGAUUAUGAUCCUAAAUUGUAUUCUGGUCAUGGCUUUCUUCAGAGCAGGCUCUUGGAUAGAUCUGACUUAGAGAAUGCAUCAGAUUCAUGCCCCAAAAAAAAACAAAAAAAACAACAAAAAAAGAGAGAAAAAGGAAAAAAAAAGAGUUUAAUGGGUGAAAAAUGUCGACAACUUUUAAGUUUCAGCUAUCUUAUUUUAAAAUGUUAGCUAUACUGUAUAUUAAUGCUCUUGUGCUAUAUGGCUCAGAUUAUCCUUUUCAUAACUUCCCUGUAAAGAUUGGGACCUGGGCAGAAUUCUACACAUAUUUCAGUUGGCAAGCAACACGGUCACAACGCCGCAACGUUUCUGCAGGUGCCUGUUUAUUAUGGACAUGCAGCAAGAGAUGAAAAUGCAUAUCUGAGCCAUAAUUGAUGCAAUUAUGUGUAUAACCAAACACUAAUAACAGGCCAAGGAAUAUGUUUACUCCAUGUUUACAUUCCAGUGAUAACGGAAAAUGGGUUAGAAAAUGCACUUCAUAAGUUAAAGCCUUGGGUAUAUUUUCACAUACCAAGCAGCGACUAUGAGGUACAAAGCCUGUCAUAUGAAGACUCUUAUCAAGUGGUCCGUCAGCUGUUGUCAGUGUCCCUGCCUGGCUUAAUGAAUAAAGCAGUCAGUUGUAGACUAUAUUGCAUCUUUGUCUUGUACAAUUUAUAUUUAAUUCUAAGGAUUCCCCCCAAACAGUUUCUAAUAUUUUAUGAAUGGAACAUUUUGCAUCCCACGCUUACACGCUCUACUUUUUUACUGUCACUCAUUGUAUGUUUGAAUGGUGUGAACUGCAGCAUUCAUCGGAUUGACAGUCCUAAUAAAGGAGUUAAAUUCUUUUGCU